AUGGAAGCUAACGACGUCGCAGACGCCGUCGGCGGUCUCUCGAUCUCUGAAGACCGUGAUCGACAGGGAGCGCCAAUUCAUCAGGAAGACGAGACUGAAUACUUCAGCGACUCUGACGACUCCUCCGAGACCAUCCGUCCAGGUCCAAAGCUAACCAGCAUGUCUAAGAGCAAGAGCGCCGAUACCUUGCGUUCGGGUGCAAUGUUGAACGAUGACGUCUUCACAAACGCCGCAACAUCCAAUGCUGAGCCGAGCCAGUCCAACGCCGUGGUCCUUCAAGGCGAUCAGUCCAUCGACACCACCGGCAACGUCCAGCACUUCCACCCUCGCGCUGAUCGUGGCAAUGAGAUCAACGAAUACAACGCUCAAGGUCAACUGCCUCCGGAAGCUGCAAUCUUUUGUGCGAACCUAUCCAAUCACCUCCCUCCCGAUCAGCUUGCUCAACACGUUCACCGCGCUUUCGAUACCUAUGGCAAAUGCUAUGUCUCGGUCAAGUACGACAAACAUCAGAAUCCCUAUGCUGUCAUUCAGUACGAGGACCCCGCUGCUGCAAGAGACGCUCUUCGCACUGGCAACUACACAAUGAUCGAUGGUCGUCAGAUCAGAUUGGAGCAGUCUAAGGGCGAUCGAGCCGUUAUCAUCACACUCAUGGAUAAUGGUGGCAACGUCUCCGAACACGAAGCCCGCGAUGUCCUGUCCCGCUUCGGCGAGAUCGAGACCAUCAUGUCUACCGAUAUGAUCCCAGGCCGUCCGACUUCUCUUCCUCGGGGUCAGUAUGUCCGAUUCGCUUUCUUCUUGGACUGCCGCGAUGCUCUGCGUCGUCUCCACGAGUUCAGUCCCAACUAUCGCAUUCAGCUCGCUGCGGGUCUUGAGCCAAAGAGACGCAUUGGUGGUGCUGGCUCGGAGAUCUACACCAGCCUUGGUCCAGCUCGGAACAACACCGACUCAAAGAGUAUCUACGUCGGCAACCUUCCCGAGGAUUGCACCGACACCGAUGUCCAUACUGCUUUCGCGCGUUUCGGAGUUGUCGAGAACAUCAACCUGGUCCGCAAGACCUAUCCCGGUGGCGCUCUCAACUGCUUCGCUUUUGUCGAGUUCUCCUCUCCUGCUGAUGCAGACACCGCUUACCAGACGGAGAUGUGGAUCAAAAACAAUAAGCUUCGUAUUGAGCCCAAGGAAUACACUGCUCGUCGCAACCAGCGCAUGGCUUUCGAGAGCCCUCCUGGCAACCGCUUUCCGACCACGCCUCCUUCCCAGCGUCGCAUUGGUAGCGGUGGAUGGCGUCGAGAGACCAAUGUUCACUCUCCUGGCUGGCGUCGUGGUGACGACAACUAUCAAUCUCCUGGCUGGCGACGUGGCGAUGACAACUUCCAGUCUCCUCCACCUCGUCCGAAAUUCCAGAUCUCUCCAGCUGCUAGUGCUGCACUUCAAGAGCGCUUGGCCGAUAACAAUCAUCACAACAACUCUGUCACUGCUCCAAGCACCCACGACCCCACGCCUCCUAUGAUGAUGAGUCCACCUCGCUACGACCCCUUCGACUAUGGUCCGGGCUAUCAUCAUGGCAGUCCUGAUGCGUAUCGUCCCCACUUCGAAGGUCCCGUCUCGCAAUACGGCGGCGGCUACUAUCACGGCUAUCAGGGUGGUCCAGUACACGCUCCGCCCGGAGAUAUCCGUCAAGGCGAAGGUGGUUACGCUGAUCCCGGUUACACUGGUGCUGCUCAGUACGGCGGUCCUCCUCCACCUCCCCCACGCUAUCCUCCUUACAACGACACCACUAUAUUCAAACUGCCGUUCCGCUCAGGUGAUAUGACUAUUCACACGCUUUCUGGACUCUCGCUUGUCCUUUUCCUAUCCUUCGCAGGCGCGCAAAUAUGUCCUUCAGGUUACGCUCCAGCAUCAGGCUCACCGCCGCCGUCCGAAAAGGCUAUCACAUGGGAGGCCUGCGGGACAGAGGACGAGCCGCGACUCGAAUGUGCAUUGCUGGAUGUUCCUCUCGACUGGACUGAUCCGAAUGCUGGCACAUUACCACUACCACUCGUUCGUUUGCCAGCAUCAGAUCCCAAUCCACGAAACAGGUCUAUCAUAUUCAAUCCGGGUGGCCCUGGAUCGAGCGGCAUUGCCCAAUUCGUAAAAGGUGGUGGUGGAGGGCUGGCGAACGACACUGGACAUGACUUCCAUUAUGUUUCUUUUGACCCACGUGGAGUUGGCCUGAAUAUUCCUUAUCUAUGUCCUGAUGUCGGCCAAAACUCAACAGAUCCCUCUGAAUCGGACUUCGUUGCACCUUCCUACAUCCCACCAAUAUCGAUCAUCCCAGACACAGACGAAUGGUUCGAGGCUCAGUACGAAAAUAACUUAGCCACCGGCAAGAGUUGUGCGAGCGGCACGUACGAACAGCUUGGAGAACUCAUUGGUACUGCUUUCGUAGCACGAGAUGUCAAUGCGAUAGCCGAAGCUCUGGGCGAGGAUGGCCUGAUCCGCUAUUGGGGCUUUAGCUACGGCACGCUCCUCGGUUCAACAAUUGCUUUCAUGUUUCCCGAGAAGGUCGACCGCAUCGUGCUGGACGGCAAUAUCAAUCCUACAGACUACUACAUCGGUCUGGGAGCGGAAGCAGUUGCCAACUUCGACGCGGCCAUCGAAUACUUCUUCAUAUCUUGCGCGGAGGCUGGCCCAGAGAUCUGCGCGCUGGCAGAGGAAGGAAAAAGCGGCCAAGACCUGUUAGACCAGAUCCUCGGCUUCUACAACACGAUCCGAGACCAGGGCAUAACACUCAAUGCCACGGAUUCCGAGAGUGUGCUGACCUACCAGGACAUCGGCGCCGUCCUGGGCGACAUCACCAAAUCUGGCCGCAGCGUAUGGGCGGAGUCGGCAGCAGGGCUUGCGGCUCUUUACAACAGCCAGGCUCCAUUGCUGUCGAACGCCGAGAAACGUCAGACGCCCAGCCCAGCGCCUUUCGACCCUACGUUAGCAGAUGAUCCGAAAUCAGCCGUGCUCUCAGCCAUCACGUGUGGCGACGCGUCCCUUGACUUCGGCACCGUGGAUGGCGAUACCUUUCGCUCCUACCAGGAGUUGUAUCAGCAGUACAGCAAAUACGGCUACGAGUCCCUGCUGGGUAUCAUUCAAGCCUGCGCAACCUGGCAAGUCGCCGCCAAAGAACAGUACAAAGGUCCGUUUGAGAACAUUGAGACACGUACGCCAAUCCUCUUCGUCAACGGACCCUAUGAUCCCGUCACGCCCCUUGUCUCCGCACAGAACAGCAGCCACGGAUUCUUGGGCAGCGCCGUGCUCCAGCAUACUGGGACCGGGCAUUGCUCGAGCGCAGACCCCUCGCUCGAAGUCAACGCCAAAGUCAAGUCUUACUUUCAGACGGGCGAGCUGCCUGAUGUCUCUACUAUUGCGCAGCCAAAUAUCCUGCCCUUUGAGGACUUGAGAUCGCCGGGGUCUGGAUCCCUGGCGAAGCGUUCUCCUGAGGAACUCGAAGAGAUUGCAGUGCUGGAGGCGGCGAGUCAGAGAUUUCACCGGAGGGUCGAGGCUGUAGACUACCCUCCCAUGCUCAUGGAAGCGAAGCGGAAUGCCUUGGACAUGCUACGCAAGAGGGCCUCGACUUCUGCAAGGGCGGUGCCGUCUGUCUCGUGCACGCCGAUCGAGCCGACCAGCAGUCCCACCAGCACUGGCGAGGCGCAGGGGAAUUCUACAGCAGAAUCUCUCGGAGUGGCAUUAAGGACAGCAUCUGCAAGUACAGCGGUCGUUGUCGGCAUGAUCUGCCUGGUGCUACUGUAG